AUGGAGAUUCCAUCUGGUGAUUCGAUGGUGAAAGCGAUGAACAGCAGUGAACAGUUGACGAAGCCUGUGCCGCGACCGUUCUCCAUUGAGGCCUUGAUGAGUGACUGUGGGCCAAGGAGGACCGUCGCGAACAUCGUGCCGUGGACGACGACGACUCCGUCGCUUCACGCCCAGCACCAUCAAUUUUUAGGAAGAGAUUCUAGAGAUACGGAUUCGGAUGGCAGUUUGGACAUGGAUUUGGCCCAGGAUCUGUCAAAUAGAAGCCAAAAAGACGGUAGGUCACCAAAUGUAUUUUCUUCAUAUGAUAUGAUUUUAUAA